UCUUUCAUUCGUUUCUGAACUUCUCGGGAGGAAGUUGAACGGUGAUAGUGCUCCCCAGCAUUUCUGAACUUCUAUUAACCACAGUCGACUCUCUGAAAUCAUCCUCAAAUAUCCUUUCGUCUUGAGAAAAGAAGAAAAGAGAGAAUAAAAAAAAAGAAGCCAAACAUGUCUUCCGUCGACUGGUCUUCUCUCCCGCCGGAAUUAAUCCAGAAAAUCUCAAUCGAUCUCAAAAUUUACGCUGAUUACAUCCGAUUUCGGGCAGUCUGCACUACCUGGCGAACCUCCACUCCCACAACCCCAACCCACCUCCCCUGUCAACUCCCCUGGCUAAUGCUUCCCCAGAGCCGCUCCUCCAGCCACCGCAGGGCCUUCUUCAAUCUCGCCGACAACAAAUGCCACGUCCUCGACCUCCCCGAAGCCUCCCAUCGUCGCCGCCACUCCGGUUCCUCUCACGGCUGGCUUGUGAUGCUUGACGAAUACCCUCCUAUUUUCCUCGUCAAUCCGCUUACCCGAGCCAAAAUCGACCUCCCGCCUCUCUCUACAUUCCCCUAUGUGGUAGGAUUUGACGUCUUCAACGUCGGCCGCGAAUACGUCCUCCAGUCAUCGGACGACGACAUCCAUGUAAAUUAUGUGAGCCGGUUUUACACCUGUGGUUUAAAGGAGAUGCGGGAUUCUUUUGUUAAAAAAAUUGUUCUUUCCAACAGCCCGUCUGGCGGGUCUAAAUUUUUAGCUCUGGCAAUUAUCAAUAAAACAGGCGACCUUGCUUACUGGAAAGAUGGCCUAAGUUCAUGGGGUUUGAUUGAGGGGGCUCGUUCUUUUUGCGAGGAUGUUAUUUAUUUCAAUGGGUUGUUUUAUGCUGCGGAUAAAAAUGGCAGCAUUGCGGUUUGCGAUGUCGGUGGGGAUUCUCCCAGGGUGGAGUUCAUCCGAACCCCAGGACUAAGCGAUGGCGAUAUGCAGUAUUUGGUGAUUGCAAAUGGUGAGUUGUUAUUGGUUACGCGCUACUUAGAGCUUGCAUCUGAAUUAGGGCAGCUUCAGAUUGGUAUUGGGACCUAUGAAACUCGUGAAUUUCGCGUGUUUAAAUUGGACUUGAGCGGGAGCAAGUGGGAGAGGGUGAUGAGUUUGGGGGACACAAUGUUGUUUCUAGGGGAGAAUUCUUCACUGGCUCUGGUGGCUUCUGAUUUUCCGGAAUGCAGAGGGAAUCGGAUUUACUUUACUGAUGACUUCAGUGAGUUGGAUUAUAGUGGUUUCCCUGGGAAUCAUGAUCUGGGAAUUUUUAACUUGGAGGAUGGAACUAUAGAACAAUUGCCCUGUUAUCCUCGCACUUCGCACUCUCACCUCCAGUGGCCUCCCCCAAUCUGGAUCACUCCCAAUCCCUGCUAGUACCUCUUGACCGGUACAUUAUUUUAUACAUGUUUUUGAUCUAAUGCAUCUAGUACCUAUUUUCGUGUCA